CUAGAUUAUUGAAAACCCACUUGCCAUACGCCAUUUUCCAAUUUCCACAAAAGAGUGGUCUAAACAACACCAUAAUACAUACAGCACAUGGUCACGUGUUCAUGUAUAUAUCGAUGUGUGUAUAUCUCUGCAGAAAAUGGGUUGGCGUGGGGGGACGAUGUUAAUGCUAUUAAACUAUUUAUGAUCCUUUUUGACUUGGAGCUGACAGCCUGACAAUACACUCGAACCUUUUUUAUUUCUUUAAGCAAAAUACUUUGUACUGGUGCAACUAUAAUUUAUUCGAUAUUCUUUAUAUAUAUGAUAAUCCAAUUCACUGUGUGAUUUCAUUUCCAGUUUCUGGGACUCUUUGAAUUUUUUUAUUCUCCUUUGUUGAUUCUCUGCUGUGUGAAAAGUGGUGAUGUCGAUUCUUAACAGUGAUGCGAUUGAUGGGAUGGUGGUUUCCAGUAGUUCUUGUGCCCUGAAACGUGAGAAAAUUAUUAUUGAUACUGAUCCUGGGAUUGAUGAUAGCAUUGCAGUAUUAAUGGCAUUCCAGUCACACGAUUUAGAGAUAUUAGGAUUGACAACAAUAUUUGGUAAUGUUUCUACAGAAGAUGCUACACGCAAUGCCUUGCUUCUGUGUGAGAUUGCUGGAUAUCCAGAUGUUCCUGUGGCAGAGGGUGGUGCUGAAGCUUUAGAGAGAGGAAAGCCCCGUAUUGCAGACUUUGUACAUGGCUCAGAUGGACUGGGGAACAUCUCAUUACCACCUCCAAAAUCCCAGAAAUUCGAGAAAACUGCAUCUGAAUUUUUGGUAAAUAAAGUUUCAGAGUACCCUGGUGAAGUGUCCAUAUUAGCAUUGGGGCCUUUGACAAAUUUGGCUCUUGCUGUUAAGAGAGACUCGUCCUUUGCAAGAAAGGUGAAAAGAGUCGUGGUACUUGGUGGGGCAUUCUUUGCAUUGGGAAACGUUAAUCCUGCUGCUGAAGCAAAUAUCUAUGGGGAUCCAGAAGCAGCUGAUAUUGUGUUUACUUCUGGGGCAAAUAUCGAUGUCAUUGGAAUAAAUAUUACGACGCAAGUGAUGAUGACAGAUGAGGACCUAGACGAGCUAAGGCAAUCGAAAGGAAGGCAUGCAGAGUUUUUAUGCAAUAUAUGUAAAUUUUACAGGGACUGGCACGUAAAAUCUGAUGGCGUCCAUGGAAUUUUCCUCCACGACCCUGUCAGUUUUGUGGCAUUAGUCCGACCCGAUCUCUUUUCGUACAAGAAAGGAGUUGUAAGGGUUGAAACGCAGGGAAUUUGUGUAGGGCAUACACUAAUGGAUGAAGGACUAAAGAAAUGGAAUUCGAGCAACCCAUGGUCGGACUUAUCCCCUGUUUCUGUAGCAUCGGCAGUUAAUGUGGUAGAAGUCUUAAACUAUAUAAAGAAGUUGUUGAUGAAACCCUGAUUGAGAAACUGUGAAAUCAAAGGACAAAUGUCCCCAUUGUUGAAUUUUAUACUGCUCAUAUAAUAACAUUGCUAUGUAACUUUAUCAAAUGAAUUGUUGAAGAUAUGGAAUAAUGAAGAAUCAAAUGGGAAAUGGUAAUGGUGCUAGAAUCUUAUCGUUUUCGAAUUAUAUA